CCCCCCGGUGCCCAUCUGUCCCCCUCGCACGUGUCUGAAUGGUGGCACCUGCCACCUGGGUGCCCAAAACCACCUGGAGUGCCUGUGCCCGGUGGGCUUUGCCGGGGCGUACUGCGAGGUGGAGGCGAGGGGGACGACGCCGUCCCCGGCCACGCAGGCCCCGCCGCCCAGCCAGCGGAUCAGCAUCGUGCAGGUCAGCAGCACCUCCCUCAAAGUGGACUUGCAGAACUAUGUCCAGUCCAGAGCACAGCUCAAGGGCAUCCGCUUGAGCUACCGAAAUCUCUCCGGGCCGGACAAGCGGCCGGUGAUGCUGCGUUUGCCGGCGUCACUCUCCGAGUACACGGUGCGGGCGCUGAAGCCCAACUGCACCUACCGCGUCUGCAUCGGGCCCCUGGGGGAGAAGGUCUCCAAGGAGGAGCACUGCGCUGAGGCGCAGACCUUGCCGGUGAGCCACCAGCAGCACUCCCCUGUCACCCAGAGCAAGGACAGCAACCUCACCCUGAUGAUCGUCCCCGCGCUGGCCGCCAUGCUGCUGCUGGUGGUGGUGGCAACCGCCGGCAUGUACUACUGCCGGCAUCGCCGGGCGAAGGCACAUGCUGGCGCCGGGGUGGAUGCCAGCCCGCUGGAGCUGGAAGGGGUGAAAGCCUGCCUGGAAAACGGGGACUUGAGCGGCCACGGCUGCAAGGUGCCGGAGGCGGCGAUGCUUUCCGGCAGCUCCGAGUGUGAGGUCCCGCUCAUGCAGUCGCACUACCCCAGCAACAACAACACCCCGGGGCUCAAACCCUCCUAUUUCUGA